CGGACCUUCUUCCUGGUGGUAAAUCACUCGCUACUAGGACCUAGAGGUUGUGGUCUGUGACGAGGCCGUCGGGUUUGAUUGGCUCCUUUUUCUUCACUUGCCUCUCCUUUGACGGAUACGAUCAGAACGAGCCCUGAGUUUUCUUUUUCUUCCUCUAUUCCUAUUGUUUCUCAGGACCGGCUUUGUCAUGACCGCCACGACGUUAUCUUAGAUACGCUCUAAGGAUCUCUUUUUCCCUUUGCUUUCUUUUUCUAUGUGCAGGUGUUUUUUCUGCUGAGCAUUUUGCCAAUGUCGUCUAUUUAUUGCCUUGUUUUUAGACAUGGGUUUCGAUGUGGUCCGAUCUCCUUAUCUCGCUGCUCCUGGUUAUACCCGUUUAUAAUCGUGAGCAUUCGGGUCGGCAUUGCAUGGAUAUCAUAGAAUGCGUUGUCUUUCUCCUGCGACCGCUUCAUCAGAUACCCUUUUUGUUCUCAGGCGGCCAUGCGGAGAUCCGCUUGAACGACGCGUGCCGAGCGGGGGUGCCGGCUUUUCGUGUUCAGAAAAGUGCUUUUUAUGAUUUUUCCCUGCUUGGUGCCAGGCAGCUGCAUCGACCGUGUCUCGCGAAUAGAUUUCUUACAGUUUCGGUUUCUCAUGGCGGGUUGUCUCUAUUCCUUUUCAUCUUCCAUCCGUGUUUUUGUUUCGUGCUUCGCUUGAGAACCUGCUUUCUUCUCCGGGCUGUGUCACUUUUCUUCGGCUGGGGAUGGUAUCUCUGGGCUGGGCAUUGGCACCGUGCGGAAGAGGCAUCAAGGUCUCAGGGAAACCAUGCGUUUCGCCAUGGGGCCAGGUUUCUUCGGCGGGCAUUGGUCUCUAUGCACGGUAUCAAGGAACGCUGGUGCACAAAAUGGGAAUGGGGGUGAUAGAGAUGGGAUUCUUCUUUGCAUUGUGUAUGGCGUUGGCUUGAGCUGCUGUGUCCACAAAAAUGUUCUCUGCACUGGGGUCCGUGGAGGCCGACUUUGAGUGGGAUCUUCUUUCUGGUUCAUAUCUCGGAUCCGUGGAGGAUGGGAAGCUGCUUUGCUGGCGCUUGUUUGUGGGUAUCAUCGUCUCUU